AAUUAUACAAUUAAAGUGACAAUAACUUUGGUAGUAGUCAUAAGUGUGUCAUUAAGUGGCACACUUUAAAUGGGUAGACUCAAAAACUCUCAUUCUCUAUCCAGUCUCCCCAUAAGAAUAAGAAUAAAAAAUAAAGAAUCCAUGCUUUGCUUGCAAAAACCUUCCAUCUAUUUGUGCCCAAUUUCAAACAACUUUAGGGUGAAAUCUCAUUUUAGCUUUAACUUGACUCUUCUCUUGCAACUUCUCCUCACUCCACUCUCUCCUCUUCUUCUUCCUAAAAAUGGCAUCCAACUACUACCCAUCUUCUUAGUCAACCCCAUUAUUAUCAAUGCACCUUCUUCUUCUUCUUCUUCUUCUUCUUCUCUCUCCUCUUCUAGGGUUUCUCUCCUACCCCCAAAACCCCUAAUUCAUAACCCCUAAUUUCACAUCUGAUCUCCAUUUUCCCACAAUGUGCGUUGCCAAUUGCUAUUUAUUUUCAAUCUAAACUAAUUUCACUGCAUUUUACCCCAAUUUUAGGGUUUUUUUGCCCAGAAUAUCGUCAAUGUCGGGGGGUCCCAGGGUUAGAUCGACUAAUUUAGCUGACUUUGAGCAAAGGCCAGUGCUAGUACCUGCCGGAAACAAAGCGAGGACCGUCGUUGAAGCUCGGAAACCGACCACGAAACCUCAGCGGAAGUCCGAUAGCUCGCCGGAGACGGAAACCAAGAGUAAAGAGAAGAGAUUAGCUCAAAAUCCACCCACAUUAUCGCCGCCAAUGAGAAAUCUCAGCGCUCCGUCGAUCCUAAGGCACGGGAAUCAGCUUUUGCGGGGUAAUUCUUCACUUAAUGCUUCGUGUUCAUCGGAUGCUUCGUCGGAUUCUUCUCAUAGUCGAGCAUCGACUGGGAGGAUUAGCCGGAGUAGCGCACCAUUGAUGAGGAGGAAGCUAGGGGGUGCUAGUAACAUGGGUUUGGGUGCUAGUAAGGUGGAGAAGGUGGUUGUGGAUAAUGGGGCAGCGCCUGAGGUUGAUGGGUUGGGAAAGAAGCGAUGUGCUUGGGUUACUUCUAAUACUGAAGAUCCAUCUUACGCUACUUUUCAUGAUGAAGAAUGGGGAGUUCCAGUUCAUGAUGACAGCAAACUGUUUGAACUGCUCAGUCUCUCGGCCGCUUUAGCUGAGUUAGCAUGGCCGACAAUACUGAAUAAGAGAAAUAUAUUCAGGGAAGUGUUCUUGCAUUUUGAUCCAGUAUCUGUUUCUAAAUUAAAUGAGAAGAAGAUUAGUGGACCGGGAAGUCCUGGAAGUACCCUAUUAUCAGAGCUUAAAAUGCGCAAUAUUGUUGAAAAUGCACGUCAAGUUUGCAAGAUAAUCGAGGAGUUUGGAUCAUUUGACAAGUAUAUAUGGAGCUUUAUGAAUCAGAAACCUAUAGUAAACAAGUUCCGAUAUCCACGCCAGGUGCCAGUCAAGACUUCUAAAGCAGAGAUGAUAAGCAAGGACCUGGUGAGAAGAGGAUUUCGAGGAGUUGGGCCCACUGCAGUCUACUCAUUUAUGCAAGCAGCUGGUUUGACAAACGAUCAUCUCGUAACCUGCUUUAGAUUCCAGGAAUGCGUUGCAGCAGGAGAAGGAAAAGAAAAAGAUGACAAAAUUAAGGGCGAGGAGGAUAAACCGAUAGACAUGGAUAAGCUGGAGCUUGCUAGAGCUUUGGAUGAAAUGAGUGUCUGCUUUGAUGGUUAAACCUGCAGUUUUGUUGAUAAGAACAUAUUUCUAUCAAGAGAAGCUGGCAGAUAGUAGUUAAUUGUAUAAAUGUGAAUUAUUCUGUACUCUACAAUCCUCAAUGUGAGAUGCAGACAAAAGGAAGAAGAUGAAGUCGUCGGUAUGCUUAGGGUUUAGGAAAUUCUGUUAUGUGACAGGUGAUAUUUUUAGCUUUCUUGUACAGUUGCUAUGUAUGUUUUAGUUCUCCUUCCUGUUGAUUGCAACGGAGUAUUUUUUUUUCUUCCCAAAAAUAUAUAUAAUUCGCUCUAUUCUGUCUA